UAUCAGGUCCUCCAACUGUUUACGCUUUGAAUAAUUCAACCGCCAUAGAGGGAACAGACUUCAACAAAAAAUGCCUCUAUAAUGUAGGAAAGCCACCAGAGACUAAUGUGUACUGGACACGACAGGACAGCUCGUUCAGACAGGAAGGGGAUGUACUUAGUCUGACAAAAAUACAACGCAGUAGUUCUGGUACCUAUACAUGCACAGCACAAAAUCAAUACUCAUCAGGAAACAAAGGACAGAGCAAGCAGUCCAUGACCAUCGAUGUAGAAUAUCCUCCGACUGUGUCCAGUUUGACAAAUAAAGACAUUAUAGAAGGAGGUGACCUAUCUGUCACAUGUUCUGUCACCAAUGGAAAUCCUUCCCAAACCAAUGUCUACUGGACCAAGACAGAUGACUCUGGAUUUAGACAGAAUGGUGCUGAACUACGGAUACAGAGAAUACAGAGAGGCAGUGCUGGUACCUACACGUGUACAGCACAAAACAGUUACAGCACUGGAGGCACGGGAUCAAACAGUCAGUCUAUGACCAUCAACGUGUUCUAUCCUCCGACUGUGUUCAGUUUGACAGAUAAAGACAUUAUAGAAGGAGAUGACCUAUCUGUCACGUGUUCUGUCACCAAUGGAAAUCCUUCCAAAACCACUGUCUACUGGACCAAGACAGGUGACUCUGGAUUUAGACAGAAUGGUGCUGAACUACGGAUACAGAGAAUACAGAGAAGCAGUGCUGGUACCUACACGUGUACAGCACAAAACAGUUACAGCAUUGGAGGCACGGGAUCAAACAGUCAGUCUAUGACUGUCAAUGUGUUGUAUCCUCCAACUGUGUUCAGUUUGACAGAUAAAGACGUUAUAGAAGGAGAUGACCUAUCUGUCACGUGUUCUGUCACCAAUGGAAAUCCUACUCAAACCACUGUCUACUGGACCAAGACAGGUGACUCUGGAUUUAGACAGAAUGGUGCUGUACUACGGAUACAGAGAAUACAGAGAAGCAGUGCUGGUACCUACACGUGUACAGCACAAAACAGUUACAGCAUUGGAGGCACAGGGUCAAACAGUCAGUCUAUGACCAUCAAUGUGUUCUAUCCCCCGUCUGUGUCCAGUUUGACAGAUAAAGACAUUAUAGAAGGAGAUGACCUAUCUGUCACGUGUUCUGUCACCAAUGGAAAUCCUUCCCAAACCAAUGUCUACUGGACUAAGACAGGUGACUCUGGAUUUAGACAGAAUGGUGCUGUACUGCGGAUACAGAGAAUACAGAGAAACAUGGCUGGUACCUACACAUGUACAGCACAAAACAGUUACAGCAUUGGAGGCGCGGGAUCAAACAGUCAGUCCAUGAAUGUCAAUGUGCUCU